CGUUACUCGUUGCACGAGGGUUUCGCAGCACAAAUCCAGCAGCGUCAUAAAGAUUCAGAUGGACGAAAAACUACCAGAGAAGGACGGACAUGUGCUGGAAGCACACAAACAGGAGGAAGAGGAGAUGGAAGUUACUAUGACGACGCAACUAGAAAAUCUCAAUGUAACCCCUGAUGGUGCGGACACUUCAACUUCACAAGCGCAUCCAGAGGAAACAGGAGAUGCACACACAGACUCAAAAGCAGCAGUGCAUUCUUUGGACGGUGUGUGCAGGACAGAGGUCUGUGAGGACAGCUCAGACGGGUCAGACAGUGACAGCUCUUCCUCUUCUUCUUCAUCCUCCUCCUCCUCCUCUUCCUCUUCUCCCUCUACCCCUUUGAUUGGCGAUGAUGACGACGACGAGGGUUUCAGCCAACCAGCCCCCAUAAAAACCAGAGAUGAAGUCCUGGUCGAGGAGCUGCCUGCAGUGGAGGAGGUGUGUGUGUCGUUACCAGAAGAUGCAGAACUGCUGCCUGUAGGAACGGUCUCCAGUAUUUUACAGACACUUGUUAUCAUCCAGUCUCUGAAAGAUACUCCACCUCUGACCGAUGACAGCAUCAUCUUUAGAUCUGAUAGGCUGGCUUUGGCCAAGGUGUUUGAGGUGUUCGGUCCAGUGUCCAGUCCCCUGUAUAUUCUGCGUUUUAACUCUGCAGACCAGAUAACCAGCAAGGGGUUGACAGAGGGACUGACAGUUUAUUACGCACCGGCUUUCAAAGAGUACACAGGAUACGUCCUCAUACAACAGCUCAAACUUUUAAAGGGAUCUGAUGCUUCCUGGAAGAAUGACCAAGAACCACCAGUGGAGGCUUUAGAUUAUAGUGAUGACGAGAAAGAGCAUGAAGCCAAGAGGAAAGUGAAGAACAAAAAGAAGAAGGACAAUAGCAGUACAGAUAAUCCUGCCCUCAUUACCCAGAACACCUUGCAGCAGCCGAAGCAUGACGUCAGAGUUUUCUCUCCAAGACACGCAGGGCCUCCAUUCAGACACCAGAACCCAAAGAAUGAACAUCUACCAUUCAAACACACACACACUCCACCCAGACACAUCCACCCACCACCUAGACACACACAUGGUCCUCCAAUGUACCUCCCCCCUCCCCCCUGCCCUUAUCCUCCUCCACCUCCACACUCUUUUCCGCCACCCAACUUCCCUCUCUACCCCCCUCCUCCUCCCUCUUUCUUCAAUCCAUCUUUUGCUUCUUUCUGGCAACCAAAUUCUGUCCCCUUCUCUGACAUCCCUCCUCCUCCUCCUCCUCCUCCCCCCCCCUCCUCCGCCUCAGUGACACCCGGCUCACACCCUCUGUACAGGUAGACAGUCGGGCUGGACAGCUGGACCAAUCAUUACUGUGUGUGUUGGCAGUGUUAAAUAGGCUGUACAAUCACUGAUUAUAAAAUAACACAUUUAAUAUAGCUGAUGGAGAGACGUGCUGUAACCAACCAAACACAUACCCCGCCACUGUGAUGUUUUUAAUUUUUCAUUUUUUUCAGUGUUUUACUUUUCCCACAGCUAUAGAUAUUUGUUUACUAUCUAGACAGCCUGUAGGACCCUCCAAAACAAAGGUGACCUAUUUUUCAGACAACUGUCAAAUGCCCUUAAAGAUUUUUUUUGCUCACACCACAUCGUCUGAAACGCUGGUGAAGCAGUAGGCUGCCAUCCAUCCUGAAGUGAACCUCAGAAAACAUGCUGGCGCCACCCACUGCCACUCAAGGCUCAAAAAGUUGAGAAACGUUCAACUUGAUGCAACAACUUGACCACAGCAAAUUGUGCUUGUUCAGAUUUCCUUGUGAAAUGCAAGCACAUAGUUGUUUCUCCUUCAGCUCAGCUGCAGAAAAGAACUUUGUGCAAAGCUGACGUCAUGGUCAACGGCCUCCUGAUCUUUAUGUCAUUUUAAUGAGCUAGCUGGAUUUGUUUCAGAAAACUGAAAAACGAAAGAAAACGAAAAACGUUGCUCAGGAAAAAACAACAACUUCCUCUUGCACCAUGAUUAUGGCCUCAUUAGAUAAUAAUAACCAAGUAGUUGAGGCUGCCACUUGAAACACCUCAGCCAACAAAGGUCACAUGGCUGAUUUCAUUAUUUGACAGAUAAGUUGACCAGCAAGAUAUUUCUGGAAAGCUUGAUGAAUUCCUCUGUAUUUGUGUUUUGAUAUUAAAGGCAGAAUUUGGUGCGUUCUCCACACAUUAUGAGUCUAUGAGAACUGUUGCAAUUCGUGGAUCAACUGAAAUCAGCUUAUUUCCACUUAGAGCAACAUGCCAUUCAGUUUCCUGCAAACUGCUGGCCAAAUAUAUGUAUGAUGAUUAUAUAUACACACAAUGGACAUUAACUCUGUGGUAUUUGCAUACAUGUGGUUUUGGGUUAAAUCAUUUAAGAAAAUGUUCUAAUGUACAGAUUUUUAGUUGAUUUCAUCAUGGUUGUCCUGCAGAUGUUCAUUUCAAAUGUAGAUAAACAUGUUGUAAUCGCUGAAUAUUGAGCAACAUUAAUAUGACUGAAGUAAACCUGGAAACAAAAAAUAUUUUGUGUUGUCUUACAUUUGAUGUCUAAAUGAUACACCAAACAGUUCAAUGAUGGCCUGCAUACUGAUGUAUUUCCAGGCCAAGCUUCAUUCUUUAAAUGUAUCCCAGCAUGUCCUGGUCCAGUCUCAUAGUGAAGCUCUUGUUGCCUUCAUACAGCCAGCAAAGAAUGAAAGAGCAAUAUGAUGGUUUCAAGUUUGAACAGAUGGACUAUGGAAAGGAAGUGUUGUUCAGUCUGGAUACAGACACAGCCCAUGGAGCUGCGUUUGAAGACCUUCAAUGACUUCAUGUGUUGUGACCUUGAAAAUAAUGGAUUAAUAUGGUCUUUUAAGAUGUGGAAGUUUUGGGAUGAUCGAAGACUGCCUCCUGUACAGAUACAGACUUAAUCUUUUCUUGGUACCACAAUGCUUUGUAAAUGUCAACAUUUUUGUUUAAGAUGUGCAUAAUUUGAGGCCCAUUUCUCUUCUGCAACAUGCUCUGCCACUCUGUUGUGUAAAGCUGCUGCUGUGUUCACACUCUUCCACAACCUUUUCUCAACACACACUG